AUGACCUCCGAGACGAGCCUAGACAACCUAACCUCCACCCCUAAACAAAACAUACAAUGGGGCAAAACGCACAACUCCUCAAUCGACUUCCGCAGCGACGUAAUAACAACCCCCUCAACCGCCAUGCUAACCGCAAUAACAACCUCCACCCUCCACGACGACGUCUUCCGCGAAGACCCCACAACACUCUCCUUCGAAUCGCACAUAGCAACUCUAUGCGGCCACGAAGACGGCGCAUUCGUGAUAAGCGGGACAAUGGCGAACCAACUAGCCCUCCGAACAUUACUAGCUCAACCACCGUAUGCUAUCCUCGCAGAUACCCGCGCGCAUAUUAUUCAUUUCGAGGGGGGAAGUGUUAGUAUGAGUGGUGCUGCUGUGCAACAUGUUCGUCCUUCAAAUGGGAGGUUUAUGCGGCUUGAAGAUAUUAUGAAAAAAGCUGUUAUAUCGGAGGAUGUACACAAAUGUCCGACGCAGGUGAUUAGUAUUGAGAAUACCGCUGGUGGGAGUAUCGUGCCGCUGGAUGAGAUGAAGCGGAUUAGCGAGUGGGCUCGGCAACACGGAAUAAAAGUACAUCUCGACGGCGCGAGGCUCUGGGAAGCUGUUGCAGCUGGCGCGGGGAGUUUGAAAGAUUAUUGUACGUUGUGUGAUUUGGUUUGUUUGGACUUUAGUAAGAACCUCGGCGCGCCGAUGGGUGCGAUGGUUCUUGGGAGUGAGAAGGUGAUUGCGCAGUUGAGGAGGGUGCGGAAGAGUAUUGGGGGUGCGAUGAGGCAGUGUGGGCCUUUGGUUGCUGCUGCGAGGGUUGCUGUGGAUGAGCAGUUUGGGUCGGGGGUUUGGGGGAGUCGGGAUACGUUGCGCCGGGUUCAUGACGUUGCUAGGCGGGUUGGGGAGAUGUGGAUUGAACGUGGAGGGAGGUUACUGCGUGGUGUGGAGACGAAUCAGAUAUGGGUUGAUUUGGAAGGUGCUGGUAUUGAUGCGAGGGUGUGGAAUGAAGCUGGGAGAAGGCAUGGUAUCAAGCUUGAUGGGAAGCGGAUUGUGCUUCAUCAUCAAAUUAGUGAGGAAGCGGUCUCGAAAUUGAGAGAUGUGUUCUGUGAAGUACUACAAGUCAAGGCUCGUCUGUGA